AUGAAACAGUCGUUAGUAAGAUUGGCCGAAUUUUACAAGCCAUCGAUAAGAUUUGUUGGUGGUCCACAUAAGUUUCCGGCAGAAGUACAGCCCAAUUUGCCACAUCCAUGUACUCCUGACACUAAUCUGCUCCCUGGGUCAGAUCUGUGUCUACCAGCUAGUGAGUAUCUCAGCAAAGUAAAACCUUUCGUGGUUGUUCCUUACAGAAAUUCUCAGGUGGGAACUAGUCUCACAGAAAGGUACAAAUUUGUCGAUAGAUCGUUAAAAGAUAAUGAAGUUGCAUCAGUAAAUGAUUUACCUCUCAAAUUUCAUCUUAAACCUAUUGAAGAAUCAGAAAUUGACUUAAUUAACAGUGGAGGGGCUUAUUGA